CAUCACUCAUCCAUCAUAUAUAUCCCUUAUCCACGCAGAGCAGCUCUAUUUGUGUUUACCGCUGUAUUUAUCCCUCCCUCUUCCAUUGCAGCUCUCACCUUACUCCUACGCCAUGGAGCUAUCCGCCUCUGCCAGGAUCCCCGCUCUUGUUGUUGACAAGGUCAGCAAACGAGCCCUGGAGCAGCUUGACCAGGUCGAGAAAUUCGUCCAAGAGCGAUGUCUUCCAGCCGAUGCCAUCUUCUCCAAGCAGCUUGGAACCGACCCCAAAGUCCGCUUUUCCACCGUGCCCAAGAUCCUGGACGUCUUGAAGGUGGAGGCGCGUCAGCAGGGGCUAUGGAACUUGUUUUUGGCCAAGGGCCACUAUGCCGAAGGCGGCGGGUACACCAAUCUUGAAUACGCCCUGAUGGCCGAGCAAUUGGGACAGAGCUAUAUUGCGAGCGAGGCAAUGAACUGCUCCGCUCCUGAUACUGGGAACAUGGAGGUCCUUGCCAAAUUUGGCAACGCCGCCCAGAAGGCGAAAUGGCUCGCGCCCUUGCUCGAUGGCAAAAUUCGGUCGGCGUUCCUCAUGACUGAGCCUGACGUGGCGUCCAGCGAUGCCAGGAACAUCGAGUUUCAGAUGACCAAGGAUGGUAAUGACUACAUCCUGAAUGGCAGUAAAUGGUGGAGCAGCGGAGCAGGCGAUCCGCGAUGCGAAGUAUACAUCGUCAUGGGCAAGACGGAUGCCGAAAAUCCGAAUCCCCAUCACCAACAGUCGGUGAUUCUUGUCCCUGCUCGUACACCUGGAAUCACCGUUCAUCGUAUGCUGUCCGUUUUUGGCUACGACGACGCGCCCCACGGACAUGGCCACAUCACGUUUGAGAAUGUCCGCAUUCCGGCGGAAAACAUGGUCCUCGGCGAGGGCAGGGGUUUCGAGAUUAUUCAGGGCCGCCUUGGUCCAGGACGAAUUCAUCACACGAUGCGAUGCAUUGGCGCCGCCGAGCGCGCCCUCGACUUGGUCAUUGCACGUAUCCACGAGCCGAAAAAGAAGCCCUUCGGCAAGAUGCUUCACGAGUACGGCUCCGUCCUGACCAAGGUCGCCCAGGCCCGUGUUGACAUCGACGCAUCUCGGCUGAUCGUACUCAACGCGGCGCUCAAGAUCGACAACGGCAACGCCAAGCUGGCCUUGAGGGAAAUCGCCGAAGCCAAGAUCCUCGUGCCCCAGAUCCUGGGUCGCAUCAUCGACUUUGCUAUCCAGGUUUACGGUGGUGCCGGCGUCAGCCAAGACACGCCGCUGGCGUACAUGUGGGCCAACGCGAGGACCAUGAGAAUCGUCGACGGGCCGGAUGAAGUCCACCUGCUGCAGAUGGGGAGACUCGAGGCUCGCCGGGCCCAGGCUGUGCGGGAGCGACUGGAGAAGAUCAAGACACUGGAGAAGACGCUCGCUGAGCAGUACAAGGUGCAACUGACGGAUCCUCUCAGCAUGGGGUGGACGUCUGAGACCAAGCCCAAAUUGUAACCGGAACCACCCUUGCAAUGACAUGCUUUAGACCUACUUGAAU